GUCCGACUCUAGGGUUGUGCGCUCAUCUCACUUAAGAGGCCGGGGGCCAGCGCUGUCCGGAGACAGCUUAAGAGGUCACGUGGCCAGCGUGACGAAGCUGCUCUGGCGAGCCAGCACCAGCGCAGCACACGGAAACGCCGUUUACCUUCCCGCUAUAAAGCGGUACCUAUUUAUCUACUUGCACUUAGGGGUGCUUUCGAAGUGCUAGGUAGGCAGGAGCUGGGACCAAAGACGGGGGCUCACCCCGCCGCGGGGAUUCGAACCGCCGACCAUGCGAUCGGCAAGUCCUAGGCGCUGAGGUUUUACCCACAGCGCCAACCUCCACGCUAAAGCCCAUCCUUGACAGAAGGAGCUACGACCGCGACCGAGAGUCCCUAUCUUCUCAAGCAAGCGAAUCCCCACCCCGCCGCUUCUGCCUUGGAGAGCUCUCUCCAUUACGCAGGCGCGCUAGAGGCCCGAAUGGCUUACCGCCUGUGAAGCGCGACAUUUCCCGGCUCCCUCCUUUACGGCGCGCCGCUAUACGACAGCCGAAGUUCCUUGUUUACGACUCGUCUCGCGGAUUGUUUCGCUCGUUGCUCCGCGACGGGUGGUUUUUUCUUGCUGGCUUUUCGUCCUCGAACCCAAGAGCCGCUCGGCUAAGCGGAGGUGAGCGCGGGCUGCCGAGCCGCGGCCCGAGGUGCGGCGCCCAUCCUCCGCUGAGGCAGCCUUGGGGCCGGGGAGCGGGAGCGGGGAAAUGGAGGUCCCGGGCCGCCUGCUGCCCUCUUGGCGCUUCUGCCGCUCGGGCUCCGCGGGUCCUUCGGGGCCACGAGGGUCGGUUGCCUUUAAGAAAGGAAAAGCAGGCAGGCAAGCCGGCUGUUGGUAGUCACGUUCGGGCUGCUCCUCGAUCGGGUGAAGCUUUUCCUUACGGACGCAUAGGCAGCAAUUGCAGGCACGAUUGCUCUGGAGUAAUGUAAGAUCCAUUAGAAUAACGGGGACUUACUGCUGAGUAAACGUGCGCAAGUUCAAGACGCAGCCAUUACAACAGGGAUGGGGAAUCUGGCCCUCCAAAUGCUCUUGGUCGGCCAUCCCUACCUGUUUCCUGUGCUUGUUGUGGAGGUUGAGGUAGGCAGCAUCUGGAGGGCCAAAGCCCCCCCCCCUAUCAUUGCUUUUUACAGCAGUGCAUGUAGUUGAUCCUGUUUCCCCCACCCCACUCCCAUUUUUCUGGCUCUUCCUCCCCUCCCCCCCAGAACAUUUGGAUAGAAAUUAACCUUUCUGCUUAAAACAACUGACAUUCAAACCCCUUGAUCUUGUUAAGGGUUUUUUUAAAAAAUAAAAAAUAUAUCUGAUAAAAUAUCUCUUAAUGGGAAGAUAUGAAGUGUGCCAUACCAAAAGACACUUGGAAGUUGUUGGUAACGUAUGAACUAUCAGCUGUACUUAAGAGAGAAGUUUCUAAAACUGGUCACAGUGAAAUCAGUAACCUUCUGUUUCCUCCCCACCAAGACUGCUUCGUAUUUGCUAACUUCCACACAUCAUGGAGACAGAACAGAUUAUGGAGAGCCAGCCACAGGUAAUGCCAAAACCCCCAACAAUACCUGCUUUAGUGAGAUUGUGUGUGUAAGAAAUAUUUUAUAAUUGUGUGAUGCUUUGCAGGUUCCAGAAAAUCCUCAUGCGGAAUAUGGUCUUACAGAGAACGUAGAGGUAACUAAGUUUAUCAUUAGAGUUAACUAUUCCCUGUUGAAAUUGGGAUCUGCUAUAUUUUUUGUGAUUGUAUUUCUUAACUGUAAGUUUUUUAACUGUAUUGUAAAUGGUUGUUGCCCAUCCUGGGAACUUUGAGUGAAGGGUGGGUAAUAAAUUAAUAAUAGUCUCAUCUUGACACUCUUUAAGAGUACAAUUUGCUAAAGUUGUUUAUUCAUAGAAUUGAGUGAAGCUAGCGAUAGGGGCUCUGAUCCAGUCGUGUGUUAGAAUAGCUUGUCUAAUACAACUUUACAAUCUCAGGUAUUUAUUAUAGAAGGGCCUGAGCUCAUGUAGCUAAGAAUGAAAGAGAUUUAUUUUGCUUUCAUCCUGGCAUUAGUAUUACAAAGACUGUUGCAUAUAUGAAGAUCCUCAUAUUGAUGUUCACCUAUUGAAUGCCUUUGUAUAUUUGUGUGCAAAACAAUUUUUAUUUCACCAUCCAGGUGAUUUCACCACCAUUCACCUCAUCUAGACAUUUUUGCUGUAAAUUUGUAAAAAUCAGGCAAUGAACCAGCAUUGGCUGUCUCAUGGAGCCAUAGUAAGCAAACAGAAUUUUCAAGGAAACAAACAUUUUUAAUGGGGGUUCUGCGUGAUUUUUUGAAAAAACAUACUUAUUUCACUGAAUAAGUAAAAUGUAUAGAUUUUUGGUCAAUUUUUAGAUAGUUCAGAAAUGCAUGACUUUAUAUUUUCAACUUAAACACUGGAUUGCUGUCUUCAUCUAGUGUUUGUUUACAUUUUAAGCGAAUAGUGGAAAAUGAGAAAGCAAGUGCAGAGAAAACAUCAAAGCAGAAAGUAGAUCUUCAGUCACUACCUACACGUGCCUAUUUGGACCAGACAGUUGUGCCUAUCUUACUACAAGGUCUUGCAGUACUUGCAAAAGAAAGGUAACAUAUUUGUUUAUCUUUCAUGAUUUCAUUCUUAACAACGUUCACAAACUUCUGCUUGCAGUCGUUAUAUAGGCCUAGUUCUUACAAACAGCAAGUGAGGUGGGAAAUAUCUGGCUGGGCUUUACAACAGUGGAUAGGAGCUUAGGUGAAUGAAUUUUGAAUGCUAAAUAAUAAUUUGCACAUAAAAAAAUGUAGCAUUUUGCAUCAUUAGACCUUACCCCUUGAUAUGCUGUUUUUCAAGCAUUUUUGUAUGAAGAAUAAUUCAUUCAUGUGAGCCCACACUUGUAUUUUGAACUGAUAUAGUCCUGACACUUAUUGCCACCUCAUUUGCUGUGUUUGGGAAUAAGACUUUAAUGCAUGUGUGUGAAGUGUGAACAUUUCUACACAAACUGGAAGUAGUUAUGCUGGCUCUGGUCCUCAGCCUUAAUUUGAUAAGCACUAUGAACAGCAUGAUGCAAAUGAGUAUCCAGUUUCAUUUUAGAGUUAGCAAAGCUGGAAUUGGAAGAGGUCUAAAAAGAAUGAGGGUGGAGAUCAAGACUGGUCUGUAGUAAAUAGAAUACAAUGUGAUUUGACAUGGCUCUAAUGAGAGACCACAGCAUUCAUUAUCCUGUUUUUUUUGGGGGGGGGGAUGAACUGCUACUGGAUCACUACUUCUCUCCUGUUAUUUCUGUAGGAAGAGAUGGUGGGAGCUCCUAAAGCCAAGCAUUCCUAAAUCUACAUAUUUUUAAUCCCUGUUUCCAUAUGUCUAGAGGGGUACAGAGUAGUUUCCUCUCAUUUCUCUUCCCAAGCAGAAGGGGAUUGAGAUAGACAGUAAGGAUAAAGUAUGUAAAUUUAAGCAUUUCCCCCUCAUUUUUAAGGCCCAGCAACAACCACGUAACAUUAUAGUUCAACAACUUUAAGCCAUGCCAGUCCAGUAUAGGAGUUAAGGAAUUCAUUUCCAUUUUAAGGAAUUUAACACUUGCCCCAAGUUAAAAUAAAAAAGCAGAUCAAAUGAACAGCUGUAAAAAUCUGACAUUCUUUGAAACUUUGGAAUUUAGCCUACCACAGAUGAAAUUAAGAGAAAAAAUGCUAAUGAUAUAAGAAAUUAAAAUGUUUUCACUAGCAACUCUAUAUUUACCAAGUGCCUGCUACUUAUGGCAGAAUCCUAACCCAUGUCUACUCAGUUAAGUUCUGUUUAAUUCAAUGGGGCUUACUCCCAGAUAAGUAGGGUUAGGACUGUUGCCGUAAUGUAUUAAAGUAAAAUGUUUUGUGAUCCCAAACAACACUCAAGUACUUUUAGUCUUUUUAAAUCUACUACAUACUGUGGGUUCCAUUCCUGAAACUACUUUUAGGUGGGUAAUUUUGAUAAUUUAAUUGAGAUUAAAAGAAUUCUUGAAUUGGUAGGUAUGUAUAAAACCACUAUUCUCUUUUUAUUUUCAGACCACCAAAUCCCAUUGAAUUCCUUGCAGCAUACCUGUUAAAAAAUAAGGCACAGUUUGAGGACCGAAAUUAAUUUCAUCUUCAGAGGACCAUUUGACUGAUCAGUAUAUAUGCUAAAUAACCAUGAAUCACUGUCUGAUGUAUAAAUCCUACAAAAACAAAAAUAUCACUUUUGCUCAA